UAUUUAUAUUCUCUUUUAUAUGUUUUUUUGUGGGAAUCUUUUUAUUUUUUUUUAUUUUUCUAAAAAAUUGUUUUCAUUUUUAAUGAGAAAAUUUUUAAAAACAAUAUUUUUAUUUUUCAUUUUAUGAGCAAAGGUUUUUUAGGAAAUGGAAAUGGAAAAUCCAAACACUAGAUAUUUGGAGGCUCAUAUAGUUGAAAAAAAGUUGAAAUCAUAAAGUAUAAUGAUUUUCCAUGUGAAGGCAUGAUAUGGACUUCACAAAUCUUUUCUCAGAUGUUGCCCCAGAAAUUAAUGCAUGGAGUGGAAUAUCAAAGAUUGCAAGCUGGUCUGGCACCCCAACCCCAUUGGAGAACAAGUCAAAGGUGCCUUAAAAAUUCAUCAAAGGGGAUCAUCCUUCUAGUUUAGAUUUAUAAACAUAAGGUCAAGAUCCAAGUAAACCCACCCUUUGAUCUCUUCUACUGUAAUCUCUUAGCAGUUGGCACACUCAGGGGAAGAACACAAUGGCUUUUGAAAAGGCGCACCUUGAUUUGCUGUUGGUCCCCAGUGCGCUGCUAAUCAUGUUUGCUUACCAUCUCUUCCUCCUUUACAGAUACCUUACUGCUCCUCAUACCACCGUCAUCGGCUUUGAGAACAAUGACAAGAGAGCAUGGGUUGAGAGAAUUAUGCAGGUUGAUAAGAGGGACGUGGGUAUCGCGUUGAAUGUGAUCGCCUCCAACACAUCUGCAGCGACUUUCUUAGCUUCAGUCUCCUUGACUCUCAGCUCUAUAAUUGGAGCCUGGAUCGGGAGCUCAUCAAACAACGUCUUCCAGAGCGAACUGAUAUAUGGGGACACAAGGCCUUCCACCAUUUCCAUCAAGUACAUAAGCCUCCUCACAUGCUUCAUCCUUGCUUUUUCUUGCUUUGUUCAAUCAGCUAGGUGCUUUGUCCACGCAAACUACCUAAUAAGCACACCAGAUAGCGACAUACCUGUGAAAAAUGUGGAGAUGGUUGUUAUUAGGGCAGGCGAAUUUUGGUCGCUUGGCCUUAGAGCAAUUUAUUUCGCUAUCGAUUUGCUGCUGUGGUUUUUUGGCCCAAUCCCAAUGUUUGUCUGCUCUGUGGUCUUGGUGAUUCUCCUAUAUCACCUGGAUUGCAAUUCCAAUCCACUCCAUCGACAUCGGUCGCUGGCAAGCCGGUCAGUCAAGAGGGUAGGUGAGCAAGUGACCGCUGCAGCCAUGACCAUUGAAGACCAUGUUGCGUAAGGCCACAAAGGUUUCAGAAGGCCCAAAAUGAUUUUUUCAACCAAAUUGUUACUGUUGGUACAAAUAUGUAUAUGAGAGGAAUUUUUCCUUUGUUAAAAGCACAUCAAAGAAGAUAAAUAAACAUGGAAUUCUUUCUGUUUU